CAAGGUAUCUAGGGCUUGGCCUCCCAGCCUUCUGCCUGGCUCUUGCUCUGUGCGCAUGUGUGCCUUAAGCCUCCACAGUUUGUCCUGUGCCCAAGACUACACAGCUGCAGGACCCAAGGAGGUGAGGUCAGCCUCUUUGUUCCCUGCCCGGUUCAGCAAAGCCUCCAAGAGCCUCCCAGCCUGUCUCCCAUGAUCUCUAUUCCAGGGAGCGAGAAACAAGACUUUUCCCAAAUGAAGAGAACUCACCUGCUCCUGGUGGGGGUUUAUCUGCUGUCCUUUAGCAAGGCAGAAGAAGGGCUGAACUUCCCCACGUAUGAUGGGAAGGACCGAGUGGUCAGCCUUUCUGAGAAGAGCUUCAAGCAGAUGUUGAAGAGAUAUGAAGUGUUGUGUCUCUAUUACCACGAACCGGUGUCUUCAGACAAGGUCGCUCAGAAACAGUUCCAACUGAAGGAGAUAGUGCUGGAGCUCGUGGCCCAGGUCCUGGAACAUAAAAACAUAGGCUUUGUGAUGGUGGAUUCCAAGAAAGAAGCCAAGCUUGCCAAGAGACUGGGUUUCAAUGAAGAAGGAAGCCUGUAUGUUCUGAAGGGUGAUCGCACGAUAGAAUUUGAUGGAGAGUUUGCGGCAGACGUCUUGGUGGAAUUUCUCCUGGAUCUCAUUGAAGACCCUGUGGAGAUCGUGAAUAACAAGCUGGAAGUCCAGGCCUUUGAGCGCAUCGAGGACCAGAUCAAGCUCCUCGGCUUUUUCAAGAACGAGGACUCUGAAUAUUACAAAGCCUUCCAAGAGGCAGCGGAACACUUCCAGCCUUACAUCAAGUUCUUUGCCACCUUUGACAAGGGGGUGGCAAAGAAGUUGUCCUUGAAGAUGAACGAAGUUGGCUUCUAUGAGCCGUUUAUGGACGAGCCCAGUGUCAUCCCUAACAAACCGUACACAGAAGAGGAGCUUGUGGAGUUUGUGAAGAAGCAUCAAAGACCCACGCUACGUCGCUUGCGCCCAGAGGACAUGUUUGAAACAUGGGAAGACGACUUGAACGGGAUCCACAUCGUGGCCUUUGCAGAGAAGAGUGACCCAGAUGGCUAUGAGUUCCUGGAGAUCCUGAAGCAGGUUGCCCGGGACAACACUGACAACCCUGACUUGAGCAUCUUGUGGAUUGACCCAGAUGACUUUCCACUGCUUGUUGCUUACUGGGAGAAGACUUUCAAGAUUGACCUGUUCAAGCCACAGAUUGGUGUGGUGAAUGUAACAGACGCAGACAGCGUCUGGAUGGAGAUCCCAGAUGAUGACGACCUGCCAACAGCCGAGGAGCUCGAAGACUGGAUUGAGGAUGUGCUUUCUGGAAAGAUCAACACUGAAGAUGAUGACGACGAAGAAGACGAUGAUGGUGAUGGUGACAAUGAUGAUGACGAUGAUGAUGAUGAUGAUGAUAAUUCUGAUGAUGAGGAUAAUGAUGACAGCGAUGAUGAGGACGAUGACGAUGACGAAUAGCUCCAGACCUGGGUGAAUCUGAUGAGAAUGACGUCACAACUACCCCCUACCAUACAGACGACCCAAGAGGGCAGCAAGCAGCGGUGCCCACACCCGGUCAGCUCUUUUCCUUUCUCCAGCAUCUUUUUCUAGUCGGUUCUUGGCAGGAGUGGUACAUUUCAGUGAAUGCCUUCCCAAACCCAGCAGUCCCACUCAGCAGGGACAGGAGGGGGGUGAUUCCCAUGCUGACUUCUUUUAAGCAUCCUGAGGAACAAACAGCUCUUGUUCUUUACUAGACCAUCAGGGGUCAUGGAAUAAUGGGAGUCUGGGGAUAGUAUCUCCUGACACCUCUACUCAAGUUUACUUACUGUCUUUGAUUCUGAUAGUGACAGAAAUGACAGCUUGCUAUUAGUUCACAAGCAGGGAGUGGACUUCUAAUCAAGAGCCCAGGAAAACCACGUGAUUAUUCAAUUCAGCCCCCAAACCUAGAAUCUCAGUGAACUCAGACCCAAGCCUUUGGAUGACUAUUAGGAAUGCUUGAAAUGUAUGGGCAUCACCAUCAUUUUUAGAAUAUUAGGAUGCUGUGUGGGGGUCAAUCAACUCUCUGAAUGUCCCAACAGUUCAAAAGCCUCAUGUAUUCACCAGCAGUGAGAGAAGGGAGAGGCUGAAGGAUGAAAAGUUUUUCAUUUUUCUGAUGGAGACAGUUUAGGUCUCUGAAGGGUUUUGCUGGCCGCCUAGUGUGAUCUGGGAACUGAAUGCCCCUUCUCUGUCCCUGCUAGUGAGCUGUCCCAUUCUGAGUUAAAAUUGCUUUAUCCAAUGGUCGAUUAACUCCCCAUUCAUCAGCACUCCCACAGUUGACCAGGGCAGUGAUAAUUAGAGUUCAUGAUGCCCUGAGGCACUGAGAAAAAAAAAUCCCCAAGUGCCUUUUGAAUUGUCUGAAAGCAACAUUGUGCUUGGUAGUUUUAGUUGCGAAGUAAGUGUUCUAAUUUAUUUUUGAAAUCUGUUAACAUGGAGAACACUCUGUGUGGUUUUGUUUUUGAAACUGGGGCAGUCCUUUUAUGGAACAGUAAUAAACUGACAGACAUUAAACUCA